UUACCCUAAAGAUAAAUAUACUGAAAUACAAAGGAAUGAGAUGAUUGUCGAUGCCUUUUAUAGAGGACUGAAAUAUAAUAUUAGAAAAGUGUUAAUUAGGCAGGAUCAACCAAAAACAUUAGCAGAAGCAAUAAGUAGCGCUCAAAAAGAGGAACUAAAUCAGAAAAUAUUAGCGGAGGAAGAAUUAAAAAUUUCUGGUAAAUCUAGGCAAGAAUCUCUAGAAAAUGAACAAUUAAGAUUAUGCAGGGAAUUGGAAAAAUUAAAAAAUCAAUUAAAUGAAAAAUUAAACGAAGAGAAAAUAAAUGUCGUUAAAACUGAGCAAGGGUGUUCAAAUUGUAAUUGUAAUAAUCCAGUACCACUGUCUAAUAUUCAAGCAUAUCCCACUAAUUUCAUGCCUUAUCAUUUACCACAUAAUAAUUAUAAUAAUUUUAUAGACGUAAAUUUAAUAACAAUAGGAGAGGAUGGAAUCAAAAUAGAUAUAAUAAUCAGAAUUGGACUCAAAAUAGGAAUCGAAAUAAUACAAAUAAUUACAAUAAUAACCCAAAUAACAUAA